GAAAGAAGAUUGUAGAUAAGAGAAACUAACUGAACUAGAAUAUGCGUCGGAGGAGUUGAAGCGUGAAGUGUGAACCAACGCCAUGGCUGCUAUUGCCACCACAACCGUUCCCGUUAAACUCAAACUCUUCGAUAAUACCAGAACAACUUCAACUUCACCUCUCUUUUCUUCUUCUUAUUCUUCUUUCUCAAAACUCUCUAUUCCUCAUUCUCUCAAUUUCUACUCUUCUCCCUCAUUCACUCUAAACCUCCGUUACGGUCAUAGCUUCCGUCCUUCCGCCUACGGUGGCGGUGGUAACUUCAGGAGACCACCUCCAGAAAAUGAAGACGACGGUGAUGAUGCUCUCGACCUGUCCAAACUUAGGUCGAAUACCGUUAGACUUAUUGAUCAGAAUCAGAAUAUGGUUGGAGUUGUAUCUAUUGAUCAGGCAAUUCAAAAGGCCGAAGAUGCUGAGCUUGAUUUGGUAAUAGUAUCCGCGGAUGCAGAUCCUCCUGUUGUUAAAAUAAUGAAUUACAAUAAAUAUAGAUAUGAACUGCAGAAGAAGAAAAGAGAUCAGCAGAAAAAAAGUGCUGCUACUCGGAUGGAUUUGAAGGAGCUCAAAAUGGGAUACAACAUAGAUCAACAUGACUAUUCUGUACGUUUGAAAGCUGCACGGAAAUUUUUGGCAGAUGGUGACAAGGUUAAGGUCAUAGUAAACCUUAAGGGUCGUCAAAAUGAAUUCAGGAAUAAUGCUAUUGAGCUUAUUAGACGAUUUCAGAACGAUAUUGGGAAGCUUGGAACAGAGGAGGCUAAAAACAUCCGUGACAAGAACAUGUUCGUAGUUUUGGUUCCAAAUAAAACUGAACUGCAGAAACCUGAAGAAACACCAAAGAAAAAUGCAGCAGAUAAAGUCUCUGUCGAAGCAUCAGAUGAAGUCUCUGUCAGUGUCGAAGCAUAGUUGAAAACUUUCAUGCGGGAUUCUAAUUGUAGAAGGGAUGGAUUGUGAGUAACUGAUAUUGCUCUGUAUUGAAAUUUUCCUGAGUGUUGUAUGUAUAGAGCAUGCAUAUAAUUCAUGUAAUAAUAGUAUAUAUAGUUUACUAGAAAUUUAAUUAUAGGAGCAGCCUUGUUUAUUCUAAAUUA